CUUCAUAGUACACACAAACUAUCAGAGAAGUUCAAACGAUAUGGCGCUACUCCCAACGAUUGUUUGUUUGGUUUUUAUUUUGCACGGAAUUCCUAGUUCUAUAGGAUUAAUCGAAGGUGCCAGAGGAGCGACGCAUACCAUAGGAGGUGAAAUACUUAAUGGCCUCGAGCAUCCUGGAAAAGUGAUAAGCGAGCUUGGUGGUGAUAUCAAGGAUGGUGUCGAGGGUUUCGCCAAGAAAGCUGAGCAUAUUGCUGGUGGAAUAGAGCAUGGAGCCGAAAAAAUCGGCUCUGAAAUCAUAGGCGAUAUUGAGAAAGGCGCAGGAGGCAUGAUUCAUGGAAUUGAACACGGCAUCAAGGAGUUGGACUCUGGAGUCAUUGGAAAUAUUGCAGAAGGUGCUGGAGAGCUGGUUGAAGGCGUAGGAAAAGGAGUUGCUGAAGUUGUUGGUGAUAUCGAAGAGGGAGCAGAGCAUAUUAUUGGAGGUAUAGGAGAAGGUAUAGAGAAAGGAGCAGAAGGAAUUAUAGAUGGAGCCAAGGGGGCUAUUGAUGGUAUUGGAGGUAUUGUUGGAAAACUGACUCCCAAGAAACAUAAAGGACAAGAUAAGAACCACAAACACAAUGGACAAGAUAAGAACAGUCACGAACAUCACAGUAAGCACAGGAAAGGAGAUAGUGAGGAGAGAAAGCACCAUAAGAAUAACGAUGACCAUGAAAGGCACCACAAGGGUAGUGGAAGCCAUGAAAGACACCACAAGGGUGACGAUAGCCAUGAAAAGCAUAACAAGGGUAGUGGAAGCCAUGAAAGACACCACAAGGGUGACGAUAGCCAUGAAAGGCAUCACAAGGGAAGUGGAAGCCAUGAAAGACACCACAAGGGUGACGAUAGCCAUGAAAGGCACCACAAGGGUGACGAUAGCCAUGAAAGGCACCACAAUCAUAAAAAAGAAGAUAGUAGAGAAAAACAUGGGCAUGAGAGACAUCACCGUGAAAGGCAUACCGGCCGUGGUAUCGAUAGAAAGACUGGCAUUGGUUCUAGGGAUGGUAUCAGGACUCCAAUAUUAGAUCUUUUAGGUAUGACCAAAUCGAUCUGCAAAGUCAGUUACGCAGCAGAAAGUCUCAUUGAAGAUCUUGGUGAACUGCACAUUUGGGCCGAUAAACAGAUGGCUAUGGCUGAGCAUGCUGCUUUUAACUACAUAGUGGAUAACAUUGUGAUGAAGAUGGUAGAUGGAGCCAGAAAAUAUCACCAUAAAAUCAUAAAUUUCGUGGUUGACACCCAUAUAGGUAUGCAGAGAUUGGUUAUGAACAGCAUAAUAGAAGGUUAUAGAGUGUCUAAAGCUCCGAUAAGGGAGUUAUUCGCUUGUUACUGAUGAACAUGUUCUCCAAUAAAUUAUUUUUGUUGUAAA